AUGUGCCAUCUUGUAGAUAACAGACAGGCCUUCUACGGAGCGUUGGACGACGUUCGAGUGUACACAAGAGCAUUAACACUGUCUGAGCUCAGUGACGUGCACCACUCCCGACCACAACAACGCCUAGACAAUCUGCUGGCCAGAUUUACCUUUGACAAUGAGGGACCACUCAUAGAGGCUGUGGGCGAAGGGAAGGAUAACUUUACCGUAUAUACUGGUGAUGGCUACCAAGUGUUCUAUCCCACGUUUGAUGUGUCGUCGGCACCACUGUUCACCAUUCCCACUGAUUCAAGCACGGAAAAUAGCGUUGCAACGGCGGAUAUGCACUCGCAACUGACCGCAGUCGAACGCACACAGAUGGGUGCAAACCAGGGCCAUGUCUGUGAUCCGUUCAAACAGACUAGUGAUGCAGUACUAAAGAAUACGCAUAUUCCAAUUGGCGUUGUUUUUCUGGCAGGUGUUAUCAGACUGACGGACGGAACCAGUGUUCCUCUUUCGGAUCUGCCCGUCAUCGUAAACUCCACUGCUAUAGAACUCGAGUGCCCCGUGGGGGUUGUAGGUACAAUGCGCAUGCGGGCUCAGCUGCUGACAAGGUACACACUCACACCCACGACCGAUGAGACAACACAUGACAUCCAUGUGCAAAUGACGGUGGUUAACAGCAGACAGCCGCUGGCCGGCAGUGCGGGACACGCCAUUAUGUGUGACGGAAAGAACGACUAUCUGUACGCCCCCUACUUCCGCUGGCCGUCGAAGAACUACCUGGGCAACGACGGUACUGUGCGAACAGGCGGAGGCCCUAUCACUGUGGAGGGCUGGGUGUUCCUGAUCAAGGACUUCUCGGCUGACAGUGCGCUGUGGUCCAUCGGCCUUGGCGAGCAGACCAAAGACUGGGUCGACAACUGGAAUCCGUACCGUAAAACGGGGCGGUUUUACAUGAGCAUCCCAGGGCCUUCACGCCAACAAGAGUUUCGCUUUGACGUUGGUAGUCUAUCGCGCGCGUCGGGUAGUACUACCGCCAUGGGAGGACAAUGGCUCCAUUUUGCAGCUGUGCAUACGCAGGUGUCUGGCAACUUCUCGCGCGUUUACAUCAACGGAGAGCUCGUUACAGAUGCGUACCACGACCACUUGGGCGUAGGCAUCCCCACAGCCGGUGAGACCUCAUACCACGACAGCACGCGCCGUGUGGAAGGCUUCUCCGUGUGCUCGUGGAUGUUCUGGAGUGGCGUGUUUCAUACUGGCGCCGUCGAUGAGAUUAGGAUAUGGAACUAUACCCGCACCCAG